GUCUGUAAUAUAUAUUCUAGAUCUAUAGAUCUAUCUAUAAGUAUAGGCCUAAGAUAUCCAUUUGGCAGCGUGCUUAAAACUGAUCUAUAUAUUUUUGUAGUUGGCAUUUUUAGAAAAAAAUGCGUGGCUAUAAAGAUACUCAAACCACAACUGGUUUCCCACCUAUGCCAAGACAUUUUAAGAAAUGUCUUCUAGCUCAAAUAGUAGGAGGAACACUUGUGCUUUACAUUUAUUACACUUUGAAUGGAGGUUUCAUACCAAAAUUUUUAGUUCCACGACUUCCUUAUUUUAAUGUUGGUCCAGACAUUGGAUGCCUUCUGUUUUUUGAUGUUGAUAAUGAUGCUAGUAAAAUAAGAUGGGAACGACAGGCAAACAGUCGACAGGCUGUAAAAGAUGCUAUGAAUAAUGAAAAAGUGCACAUGAUAUCUGGGGAUAUCAUUUUGAAGGGUCAAGGAACUAAAUCUCAAGCAUUGAUUCCAGUAAUGGCCAAACCUCCAGAAACAACAAGUGAUAUCACUUUGAAGGAAUGGUUACAGGAAGUGCGAUUUGGGAAGAAAGGUAUAAGGCUUCACAUACAUUCACCAGAGGCAUUAGACAUUUCUCUCCAAGUUCUGAAUGAUUUUAAUAAACAGAAUCCUAUGAAAUUUCCUGUUUGGAUUCAUGCUGAUGUUCUUCAAGGUCCUCAUGGAGAAGAGCCUAUCAUUGAUAUUCAAAGAUUUGUUAGAACACAGCAAAGAUUAUUCCCUAAAUGUACAUUGUCAUUUGGCUGGACAACUGGUACUCAUACUGAUCUAAGUCAGAGUGCUUAUACAUGGGAAAGUGUUUGGGACAUGUUGAAUUUAGUGCAGGAAUUUGAUUUCCAAGAUCAACUUAUUGUUUUUCAGGCUCGGCUGUCAUUGGUACACAAUUCUAUUCCUCAACUUAAAUGGUUGUGUGACAAUGUCAAAUCCUCCAGUCUAAUGAUUUGGCAUGAAGAUGGUGAUAUUGUUGUUUCUGAAGAUGUCAUGUAUGUAUCAUAUAGGUUUCCACCUCAAGGAGUUUAUUUUGACCUCAACCAUGACCGUUUUCAACUAUUGCUCGAUCAGUACCGCCAUUUUUCCAGAGACAAAGUUAGUCACCAUGUAUUAAUGAGAGAUGAACGUGUUUUUAAACCUGAUGGUUGGUGGAAAAUGGGCUUUCAUAGGCAAAAAAAUUCAGUUCUGGCCAGUACAGAGGGCAUCAUUCUGGCAACUCCAAUAGUCUACCUCACAUCUAAGUCCAAAUACAUGCCCACUUCAGAGAUCUACAUUCAAGGCAGGAUUACUUUUUUCAACAGAGAUAACAGAGAAUCUGAGAGUCAUGUCACUGGUCUUAAUAUAUAUGUCAGACCAACUGAGUAUGAAAGAUUUGAUAACAUUGUAGGCAUCCGUUGUUUCAUUGGGGUAGGAGGAGAAAUAGAAGUCACAGGAAGCAACCUUCCAGACAACAUUGAAAACUUUAGAAAAGCUGCAAGAGUAACACCUACACAUACAAAUUGUUAUCGUUUCAAAAUUGUUGAUGACAGAACACAGAUUUUCUUUUGGAUAACCUCACUUCAUGAUUGUACAACUUUAGAAAGUGUAGCUGAGCCAGAAUCUUCCACACCACUGUUAACUGUUCCCAUCCCAAACUCAUUAUUCAGUAAAGAGCUUCGUCCAUUUAUUUUGAAAAUGGAAGAUGUGAAAAGACAGGUAUUGAUUGAUGAACUUAGCAUAAAGCAUAAAUAAGUUAAAUAUUAUGACUUAGUUUCAUCAAGCUAGAUUUUUUUAUGGAAUAUUUUGCUCCAAAUACUGUUACAUUCCUAAUAAUCUUUUUUGUAUGUCAAAUUUUGAAUGUUCCAAUUAUUGAAGUAAUAAUGUAUAUAUAUAUAGUACUAUAUAUAGUAUUUUUUUUUAUAUUGGUUUGUAAAAUACAUGUUGACAUUUACACAAUAGAUUUCACAGAAUUGUCUAAAUAAGCUUAUAAACCUAGUUCACAGUAAAGUCUGAAUCUCAUGAUAACAAAGAUAAAACUUGCUCAAUUUGUAUCAAUACUGUCCUCAAUUAUAAAAAACAAAUAUUUUUAUUUCAAAAAUUUCUACAUUAUUUUUCUUUUUACCUCUUAGUAAGCAGGUGUAUUUAAAAAUGUAUUUGCAUGGGACUAAUUAAAUUAGAAAUUAUUGUGUACCAGUAUAUAAUUUAUAUACACUGUGGUUGUGAUGCUUAUUUUAGAUUCCUUCUGUACAUUCCAGUCUUUAUAUACAAAUUAUCUCCUUUUGAAUUUUGUUUUACAUUAAUUACAUUUACAUGAAUCAAAUAAAGUUAUAACUCAAAUUAGCUGUUAAUUGUUCUUUUAUUUACAAAAAAGUCAACAUUUUAAUUUCUGAUUACAUAACACUUUUUACAUAAAUAAGCUCACAUAUAAAAUUAAUAAC